AUGCUGGUGAGCGACGACGAAUGUGACUUCUAUUCGGCCUCGUCGGAUAUUUGGACUUCGAUAAAGUGUGAAAGCUUUAUAAGCUUAACGGUUCACUACCUUGACAGCCUGUUCAACAUGAAGUCGUGGACACUUGAAGUUACCUCUAUUCCUGGAAAACACGAUGGAGAAGACAUUGCAGAUGUACUGUUACGUUGCUUUGCGUGGUGGCGUCUGGACCCCAAGAAGUGUGUUCGAUUUCUACGAGAUGCUGCGUCGAACAUGAAACGUGGAUGCACCCUCCUUGGGCUCAAUCAUUGA